AUGUCAACUCAGAGUUCAGGGAUAGACUCAGAGUUUGUUGAACCUCCUUUCUGGAAUACCCCCCCGGACAAUGCUGUCUCCCGACUGAAGGCAAACAAAACACCUGGAUCCAAUGGCUUCAUCGGUGAAUGGUGGUGUCGGCUGGCGUUCGCCUGUCUGGUGCUGUGGACCACUCUGCAGCCCGCGACUCUGCACCGGCCCUCGGCCCUGCACCGGCCCUCAGCCGUCAACCUGCGGCGCUUCAUCGGCUGCGCUGUGAGGGAGUUCACCUUCCUGGCCAGGAAGCCUGGCUGUGGAGGCUUGCAUGUCACAACUGACGCCUGCUGGGGGCGCUGUGAGACCUGGGAGAAACCCGUGCUGGACCCUCCCUACAUCGAGUCCUACCAGCGUGUCUGCACCUACAACGAGACGCGCCUGGUGACCGUGCGGCUGCCCAACUGCUCGGCCAACGUGGACCCGCUGUACACCUACCCGAUGGCCCUGAGGUGCGACUGCGGGGUCUGUCUAACCAGCACCACCGAGUGCAUCACCUCCGUUUAG